GUCACGCGCAGGUAAGUUUGCAACGGUUUUUGGCGGCUUCUCAAAUCGGAUUCCGUCACAUACGGAGAAAGCUCAGGGUCGUGCUUAAAAUCUACGAACAGUGUGUUUAAGUUACAAAAUGUUCGCAUAUGUUUAUUUUUUAGACGACCGUGUUAAAGACUCCGUUAAUGUUAAAGACAUUAAACACUUUGAUCCUAAAAAUACGACGGAUUUCUCAUCGACGCAGACCUACUGGAUUCUGCAAAAAGGACGGUUCACGUCAGGACAAAUUUUAUUCAUGAAAGAAACUUGUGAAGAAAUUGAACAAUUUCUGGCAACUGGCAAAAGAAUUCGAGUGCCAAAGCUGCUUGAUAAAAUUCCACCAGAAAACAAUACUUCAGAAAGGAAGGAAGCAAAAGAUAAUGCUGUAGGUAACAUGAAAAGGCUAAUUAACGUCAUAAAAAAAAAAUAUUUUAAGAUAUUUCAUUUUAACUUGCAUUUUCAGACAGCACAGAAGACAAGCAUUGAGGAAGGAAGGCAGACAUUUCUGAUGGACAUUUUAAAAAAGAGACAAGCCUUGAAAAGGAAACAACCACUAUGUCCUCCUCAUUCUACAACAAAAAGGGAAAAACUCAUUGUAGAUGAUGAAAUAUCAAGUGAGAGUGAGGAUGAACUAAUUCAAAAAUCGAAAUUUGAUGAACUUGAAAAGAGGUACAAAUUGCUGUCUCGGAAAUAUCAAGAGGCAAUUGCUGAAGGGAAGGAAUUGAGGAAAUUAAAUGUUGAACUUCAGACAUGCUUAGUUGCCAAAAUUCUUUGUGGCAACAAUACAUCUCCAGGCUCUAUUAAGGCCCUUCCAGUGACAACUGGCAACAACACAUCUCCAGGCUCUAUUAAGGCCCUUCCAGUGACAACUGAGAACAGCUUUGAACAAAUUUCAGAGAAGCAUGAGGUUGAUAUUGGUGAAGGUGUUUUUGUACACAGUGGAAAAUGGAAAAAGAUACAGGAUAAUAUAAAGGACAGCUUGUUCGUGAAAGAAAUGGCAGUGUGCAUUUGGGGAACAAGCACACUGGCCAACCGUAGCCUGGAAGGAAAAAGUUGCCCCACCACAAAAUCUGAUCCCAGACCCCCUCUGACACCUCACAAAUUCAGAGCACUUAAAUGUUGCUUUCAAAAGUGGCUGAAGGGCAAAAAUUUGGAUGAAGGAGAGCUGAAGGCCAGAGCAGGAAAACUUGGGCACUAUAUAACAGAAAAAAUUCAAGACAUCAACAAAAAACUUAAGCCAAAAAAGUGAAUUUGCAUGUGAUGUAAGCUGCUGAAAAUUGUUAGUACUUUUUAGUUCAGUAAUGUUCAUUAGGGUUAUUACUGCCAAUUAAUUACAAUAAAUAUUUUUUCUCAUAUCAAUUUAAGGACACAAAAAAACAAAAUGUGUUUUGAUAAACAUUGUUGAAUGAUUCACAUAAAUAAACUGAAUUCUCCUCCUGAA